AAUUCAAUUAAAAAACUGUUGGAGAAUCAAGAAUGUGUUCUGUAGAAAGUAUCUAUUUGUAUGGAGGUCUUUCUUUCCUUUUUAUUCAGUUGACAUAGUUAUUUGGGGGAGGUGUGGUAUAAAUUUCGCUUCUGAGACCAGGCAGCCCUUCCCUGUUUUCUAAUACUCUUUCCAUUAGUCCAGGUCAGACUUCUUUUAUUACCUUAUGUCUAGACAAUUGCAGUGGUCUCCUAACUGGUCUCUAGCACGAUAUGUAACAGGGGUUUUCAAAUUCCAAGUCAAAAACCCUUUAGUAGUUUAAAUUUCUUGAGUCAUGACUGUCAUUUUUUUAAUGACAUGGCAUAAAGUAUAUCAGAGAGCAUGCAUUGCAUGCGGCCCAGGUGAUUAUAAUUUUAUGAAACUUUUGCUUGAGUUACGUAAAAACACAUAUAAUACAGAUAGUUGUGGCGUGGCCUGCAAUGUCAAAAGUAUUUCCUGGUCUGAUUCAUUGUCAAAAAAAUUUGAAAGUCAAAGCCCAGCUUUGAAGGUGCUCUUCUCCAGUUCAAGAGCCUCCGAAAAGCCUCCCCAUUGCUUGCCGAAUAAAAAGUCCACGUUCCUUACCUGUUAUAUCCGGAGGACGCCAACGUCACAAUCUGUCUCUCCUGCCUCUCCUUCCAUAAGGGUGUUUGCUACCCUAUAAAUAUCACUGGGCUCCUGAGCCAAUUUUGUUAGUUUGGGUUUUGUUUUCUUAGCAAGGGUAAUGGACUCGGGCUUACCUGAAAUACUUUCUCAUCUGAUCACCGAGGGCUUACAUACGCAAGGAUUGGAGGUGCAGCCAUUAUAAAAAGAAAAGCCAGAUGGAUCAUUUUAUGAUGUGCUGUACUUAUGUUUCAAAGAGAAUUUGCUCUCCGACUAGUUGCAAAGCCUGGAGAUAAAUUAUACUGCAGACUAUCAAUCAAUACACAGCUGUUAGCACGUGUGGACCAUCUGAUGAAAGUUGGAAAGAACAAUUUCAGGCCACCACCAAAGGUGGAAUCCAGUGUCGUAAGAAUAGAACCCAAGAAUCCACCACCACCUAUCAAUUUUCAGGAAUGGGAUGGCCUAGUAAGGAUCACCUUUGUUAGGAAGAACAAGACACUGUCUGCGGCAUUUAAGUCAAGUGCAGUGCAACAGCUUUUGGAAAAAAACUACAGAAUUCACUGUUCGGUCCAUAAUAUUAUAAUACCAGAAGAUUUCAGCAUAGCAGAUAAAAUACAGCAAAUCCUAACCAGCACAGGUUUUAGUGACAAGCGGGCCCGUUCCAUGGACAUAGAUGACUUUAUCAGAUUGCUACAUGGAUUCAACGCAGAAGGUAUACAUUUUUCUUAGGUAUCUGGAAAAGAGAAUUUUCAAGCCCAAGAAAAAGAAACCGCAAUUAUACAUUUCUAACAGAGAAGAUAAACUAUGCUUUUGCUCCACUGGAACACUAUGUGCUUGACUAGUUUUGAUUUAAUACUACCACUGUCACCAUUUAUUACUCUGAAAUUUUAUGGUAGUAAGUCAAUUCUAAGUACCCAAGUUUUUUUUUUUGGUUUUUUUUUUUUGUUUUUUUGUUUUUUUUGGUUUUGGUGUUUUUAAUAUUUAACAUAGGGCAGGGUCCAGUCUCUACACGGUAAUCUUUAAGAGCCGCAGGCACGCACAACUUUACACUUAAACUUAUUUCUAACAGUUUAUUGUAUAAAGAUGUUACUCUUCUAUUUUCUAUGUUAUAUAUUACCAUGAGGGCCUCUGUAGGCCUUUGUCCCUCAAACAGUCAGUUAAAAUAUGCUUAACUCAAGUUACAUAUUCCCUGUGCGAUUUCUUUUUAUUCAUGUGCACAAUAAAACACUUGUUUCUUA